AAUAUGGCCAAAACAAUCUGGCAACGCUGGUCGGCUGUGCACUGUUGUUGUUGUCGAGGCAAGGAGACGGUGGCCGGUUGCUGCUACUGACCUUUCACAUCACGCCACAGGUCAAGCCAUGGCCGUCACAGCUACUAGAAUAGCCAAGAGCCUCACAGGGGUGCUGGGUCGCAGUUUCUCCACCAGCCGGGUUGCAGCAGCCAAUCAGCUCACAGUGCGUGAUGCCCUCAACUCCGCCCUAGAUGAGGAGAUGGAGCACGAUGAGAAUGUGUUCCUGAUGGGGGAGGAGGUGGCACAGUACGACGGGGCCUACAAGGUGUCAAGGGGCCUGUGGAAGAAGUACGGAGACCAGAGAGUUAUCGACACGCCCAUCACAGAGGCUGGCUUUGCUGGCAUUGCUGUUGGGGCGGCCUUGGGGGGACUGCGACCUGUGUGUGAGUUCAUGACCUUUAACUUCUCCAUGCAAGCCAUCGACCACGUUAUAAACUCUGCCGCCAAGACCUUCUACAUGUCUGCCGGCCUGCUGCACGUGCCUAUUGUGUUCCGAGGACCCAAUGGUGCAGCAGCCGGUGUGGGCGCCCAACACUCCCAGUGCUUUGGGGCGUGGUACUCACACUGCCCUGGCCUUAAGGUGGUGUCCCCCUAUAACUCUGAGGAUGCCAAGGGGCUGCUGAAGGCCGCCAUCCGGGACCCCGACCCCGUGGUGGUGCUGGAGAAUGAGCUGAUGUACGGCACGGCCUUCCCUGUCACUGAUGAAGUGCUGUCCAACGACUUCGUGCUGCCCAUCGGCAAGGCUAAGAUUGAGAGGGAAGGGAAUCACAUCACGCUGGUGGCCCACUCCCGUGCAGUGCAGGUGGCCCUGGAGGCGGCGACAGCCCUGGCAGGGGAGGGUGUGGAGUGUGAGGUGAUCAACCUGCGCACCCUGCGGCCCCUGGACGAGGAGGCCAUUGUACAGUCAGUGAUCAAGACGCACAACCUGGUGACCGUGGAGCAGGGCUGGCCACAGUGUGGCGUUGGCUCAGAGAUCUGUGCCAGGAUUGUUGAGAGCCCAGCGUUCCACUAUCUCGACUCUCCAGUGAUCAGAGUGACAGGCGUGGACGUUCCCAUGCCCUACGCCAAGAGCCUGGAGGUGGCCUGCGUCCCUCAACAACACGAUGUCAUUAAGGCUGUCAAAAAAGUACUCAAGCUCAUCAAGUAAACAUAUAUAUGGAGGGAGAGAGGGGUCAGGGAGGCACUGGCCAGGAAGGUAAGGAAGUGAGGAGAAACUGUGAUGUGGAAGGAUGCCCUGCUGAUGUUGCUGCUCUUAUUCUGUGUCUGUCUGCAACUGAAAAAGAGGGAUAAAGGAUUGAGAAGGGUGAUGUUUUUGAUGUUUUUCAAUUAGAGGAGUGGAGGAAAGGCCUGUUGUUAUGUUAUUCUUGUUCUAAACCACUCAUGUCUGUAGGAAAGGCUGAAAAAGAGGGAGAAAGAAUUGAGAAGGGUGAUGUUUUUGAUGUUUUUCAGUUAGAGGAGUGGAGAAAAGGCCUGUUGUUCCAGUUAUUGGUAUCCUGAAGUGUUUAUCUGCUGGAAAGAGUCAAAAUGGGUAAAGAAGAGGUUUUUUUUUUUUUUUUUUUUUUUUUUUUUUUUUUUUUUCACUUGAAUGACAAGAAUAAUAGUGGUGUGUAAAGUUGGGAAAUGAAGUUACAAGUGUGAAAAAUGGAUGGAAUGCUUAUUAAAAUGAUUGAAAUUUAUUAUAUUCAUAGUCAAGUUAAUGAAGAAACGAGACUGAAGUGAUAGUAUAGAAACUUAAACAAAGAUUCAGGUGAGGAAAAGUCUAUUUAUGAAGAAUGCCCAUUGUAAGUGUUGACAUGGAGUAAGUGUUGAAGAAUUCUUUAUAUCUGAAUUGGAGACAAGAUGGUAAAGGUUGCAAGGUUAAUGAUAAGUAAGAGACUGCCUCAGUUUGUAAGUUAUUAGAAGACUGGCUUAAGUCUGAAGUUAAGAAGGGAUAUAAUUAAUGCUUGUGAUAUUAUAAAGGUACUAAUAUUCCCGGCAAAGUAAGUACCUGUUAUAAUUAUGAGGAAUUUAUGGUAAAAUGAUGUUGAUGGGAACUGGAAAUGCAGAGUUAAGUUAAAAAAUAAUAAAUACAAAUAAAGGAAAAUGAGAAUGAACCAGGGAGUUUAUAAAGUAAUAGGACAAAAUCAAAAAAAGCUCUAGAAAUUAUUGAAAGAGAAUCACAAACUCCAGAAAUGAAUGAGAGAAUCAAAAUCAAGAAAUGAACAAGAGUGAGAGAGAGAAGCUCCAGAAAUUAACAAGAAAGACUGUUAGAAGCUCCACAAAUGGUUGAUGAACAAGAAACACAAGGAACAAUCACUCAGUGCAAGAAAAUGAAUGAAAGACUCCUGAAAAGUCCAAAAAAUUAAGAAAAGGCAGUUAGAAUCUUGAGAAACAUGAUGAAUAAGAGACACAAGAAACAAGCAUACAAGAAUUAAUGAAACUCUUGAAAACUCCAAAUAUUAAGAAGACAGUAAAGAAAAUCAAUGCAUGAACAAGAAAACAAUCAGAAGCCAGAAACAAGAGCAAGACAAUAAAAGAAAAAAUCUACAAACAAAGAAGAAAACAAUAAAGUCAGAAAUAAGAGCAAGAAAAUAAAAAAAAUACACACAAGACAAUAAAGAAAUUUGAGAAACAAACAAGAAAACAAUUAAAGCCAGAAACAAGAGCAAGAAAAUUAAGACAGAUUAAAAAAGAAAUGCAAUAAAAAAAAACUUGAGAAACAAACAAAAACAACUGGAACGUCAGAAACAAGAACAAGAAAGUAAAAAAAAAUUAAGAAAACAAAAGAAAAGCAAAACAAUAAGUAAAAACUCCACAAACAAGAAAAUAAGGUCAAACAAUGAAAAAAAAUCCAAAAAUUAACAAAACAAGAGUGGGACAAUAAAAAAAACAACUCCAGGAAUGAACAAGAAAACAACUUGAAGGUCAGGAACAAGAGCCAGUCAGUAAAUCAGCAGAAUCGGCAGAGUUAGCAGGGUAGUGAUGACGCAGCAGGACUGGUGUGACUUGGGUGCCUCUGCUGCCUUCCACUGACCCCUUCCAUUGCCCAAAAGUCCAUAACCUAGAGGGGGUAAUAGAUUAACGCUAAAUUAUAAUCUGUUGGAACCGCCGCCGCUGCUGCCGUCGUCGCCAGCGCUCAGCGGAGGAAUGACGUAUCAAUCUCUGUACAUAGUGAAAAUUUUUGGUGAAUAAUAUAUAUAUAAAAGCAAUUAAUUACUUUUUAA